GUCACACUUCACACACAAAACUCACAAAUCGAAGUCAACUCAAAAGCAAAUCGCCUUUCGCUUCGCCAUAUUUGUUAAAUUAUUUCAUGUUUACAUUUUUCUCACACACAUUCAUCAUCCCCAAGCAAGGUGGUGCAUUCGAAAGAAAAAAACUAAAUUUUCCAUAAUCAGAACAAAAUUGUAAAAAAAAAUUCAUCACAACUGUCCACACAAGUUUAAUAAACAAAAGUUUAAUAAGAAAAUCUAUUAAAAUUGCUACCGCCACAAUGUCCCGUAGUGUACGCGCUGAGACACGAAGUCGUGCCAAAGACGACAUCAAGCGUGUAAUGCAAGCCGUCGAUAAAGUUCGACAUUGGGAAAAAAAAUGGGUAACCAUCGGUGAUACAACAAUGAAAAUUUACAAAUGGGUGCCAAUAUCUAACAGCGAAAAGAAAAAAGUCCACCACCACUCGCACCAUUCGAGUUCCAAAGACAAGGAGAACACAUCCCAAAAAAGUACACCUCCCCAAAUAACCCCAAGCUAUACCGGAGGCCUCACUGCCGAGGAUUCAAACACUUGUUUCUCAAUGGUGAGUGAUUCACAAGGUGCCACUGAGUUCGUCUCGAGUAUGCCGUUCUCAGAAGAUUCCAACUCUCAAGGCAGCGAUGGACCUGUGAAACGCUUAAAGACGAGCGAUUAAGCUUCUUUACAUACGACAGACAAUUCUCGCUCAACUCUCUCUCCACUACCACCAUCCUCUUGUCGUCCUCGUCUCUGUAAAUUUUAAGUUAAAUAAGUUUAGUAUAUUAUUGCUAAUGCAACUGCCGUGCGAUGCAUUCUUCUUAACGCGGAAUCACCUACUCGUCCUCGUCGUGGGUUAGUCUAUAGGUUUUUUUUUUCUUUCCUUUUGUUUUGAUGGUCAAAAGGGUUUUGGUUGUAAAAAAAUAAAAGAAAAAAAGUAAAUUUUGUUUUAUGUUCAAAGACAUUUGAAUU